GAUUACGAGUUUGUUUAUGAAUUGAACUUAGACUAUCAUGAACUCUAGUGUUUAUCUCGUGAAGUCAAUGUUAAAUUUGACAGUUAUUUCUCGUUCGGUUUCCGGUGUUUCUCUUGGCCGUGUACGAAAUAUAUCGACCAAACUAAAUAACAUUAAUAUUUCCAUUGUUAAUACUUAAUUAUAACCGACUGUUCUAAAAGACCGUACGUGUUCGUAUGGUGCAUUUACUUAAGCUACUGCAGUUGUUGUACACAGUUGUAUGUCGUCAACGUUUUAUUUACAUUAUGUUUAAAAGUUGAUGUUUUGUGUGUUGAAGUUACCGAAAUAAUAUAUAUGUCCUGUUGAUAAGUUACGAUAUUUGCAUAGCGACAAUGGAAGAAGACAUCAAACCGGACAUCAAGCCCGUCAUAGAAGACCUACCCAAAGAGCCGGACGAAAAGAAAACCAACUUGUGUGUUGCUUUGAAAAUUCUUAAGAAAUAUAACCUGAGUACGACUGCAGAAACAUUAAAAAAAGAAGCUAAUCUGACCGAUGCUGCUUUCAACACGUCCGAGUUGGAUGUCAACAACGCUCUUAAUGUAUAUAAAUCUCAAGGAGACCCGUCGGUCUACGAAAACGCUUACAUAAUACUGUCAAAAUUUGUAGAGACAUCUUUAGAUAUUUAUAAACACGAAUUGGGCUGUGUCCUUUACCCAGUGUUUGUCCACAUGUAUUUGGAUCUCAUUUCUAACAGGUACGAAGAGGAGGCCGUUAAAUUUUUGAAAAAGUAUGGGCCGGGACAAGAGUCAUACUAUCAAGACGAUAUUAGAAAUUUAUCAAUGGUUACAAAAAAAGAAGAAUUAAACGAUAGCUCAUUGGCGCAAAAUUAUAAAUCAAACGAAUUUGUUGUAAGAAUGUCGAGGGACACUCUAUCGCUUUUAAAACGCCAUUUAAAAGAAAAGAAACAAACAGUUCUCCUAGACAUAGUACAAGAGAACUUGUUCUUUGAUGUCUACGAAGGAAUAGCUAGAAAUAAACAACAAAUAGAUGCGGUUGCCGGAGGAAUGAUCGGUGAAGGAGCCAGACAAGAUAAUAAGUCUAGGGUAUACUAUGGAUUGAUGAAAGAGCCCGAUCUGCAAAUUACAGCAGCAGUAGUAAACAUGGACGAAGAUGAAGAAGACACCCAAGAAAAUGAAAAACCUAAGAAGAAAAAAUCAAAAGGCAAUCCUUUACUGUCGAAAAAAACAAAAAUCGAUCCAAAUGCUCCACCCGUAGACCGAAUGGCUCUACCACAAUUAAGAGAGAUUGACAAAAAAAUUAAAAUUCAGGCAGUUUUAGAUUCUGCCAAAAGAGUUGCUCUAAGCUCAGAAACAUUACCUUCGAUAUGCUGUUAUACUUUAUUAAAUUGUCCCAACGCUGUGAAUUGUGCGACAAUUAGCGAUGACGCUUCAAUGUUGGCUGUUGGUCUAGCUAACAGUAGAAUACGUGUUUGGAGUUUGGUUCCUCAAAAAUUACGGUCGAUGAAAACUUCUGACCAGCUCCAGGAUAUCGACUUGGAAGCGGACGACGUGAUGCAUAGAAUUUUAGACGAUCGAUCAGCAGAAACUACUCGUACAUUACUCGGCCAUUACGGUCCUGUGUAUCAAGUUUCGUUUAGUCCAGACAAAACGUUAUUGCUAUCGUGUUCAGAAGACUGUACCAUAAGACUAUGGAGUUUAUUAUUGUGGUCUUGUCUAGUGGCAUACAAAGGAAGCUAUCAUCCUGUAUUUGACGUUAAAUUUAGCCCACAUGGUUACUAUUUUGCUACAGCCAGCAGAGAUCGAACGGCAAGACUUUGGGCCACAGACAAUUAUCAUUCGUUACGAUUUUUCAGUGGGCAUUUUUCAGACGUAGACUGUUGUCAAUUUCAUCCAAAUUCCAAUUAUAUAGCUACUGGUUCAAGCGACAGAACCGUGAGGUUGUGGGACUGUGUUACCGGAGAACAGGUGCGGCUGAUGACUGGGCAUAAAGGAGAAAUAUUAACUUUAUGCUUCUCGAACGAAGGUCGAGUCCUAGCAUCGGCCGGUAACGAUUGUAAUGUUCUAUUGUGGGAUAUUGCCCAUGGACAUCUGCUGGCCAUGUUAACGGGGCAUAAAGGACCUAUUUAUACGAUAACGUUUAGCAGAGACAGUACAAUAUUGGCUUCAGGAUCUCACGACUGUAAAAUAAUGCUCUGGGAUUACUCGAAAAUCGUAGAAGAUCUGUCACUAGAUGAUAUGAAUGUACACAAUCCGAAUGUAAUAGAUGAUAGUAAUAAAUAUUUACUUAGAGCAUUUGGUACAAAAAAUUCACCAGUAGUUCAUUUGUUUUUUUCGAGACGAAAUAUUAUGUUUUGCAUUUGUUCGUUUAAUACAUCUCAAGUCUAAUUAAGAAUACGUUUCAAGAUUGAAAAUUAAAAUUGUUUUUUUUUUUUUAUAUAUGAAUUAUAUGUUGACUAUUUUUGUAAUUUAAUACUCACAAGGAAAUUAUUUUAUUUUCAUAACAAUAUAAUAUUAUGUAUCACCAAAUCUUUAUCAAAUAAAUAUGAGAAGGGUUACUUAAUUAUUAAUUAUCUAAUAAAUUUUAUUUUGUACAUAAGCGACUAGUUAAAUAGUUCAUAGGUAGUUAU